AUGGCAUCGUCGUCGAAGACUAUUACAGUGGUAAGCAGCGACGGAGAUGAGUUCGAGAUGACCAUGAAGGCCGCAGAACAAUCGAAGCUAAUAACUCACAUGCUUGAUGAAUUUGGUGUUUCCGACAAGGUCCCAUUAUACAAUGUGAAUUCUGAGACGAUGGCAAAGGUCAUGGAAUACUGUAAGAAACAUGCUGAUCAUGAGGCUGCCAAGGAGGAGGACGGCGGAGCCGCCAUUGGUGCCGGCGGCGAGGAGGAACUGAAGAAAUGGGAUGAUGAGUUUCUGAAAGUGGAGAAUGGUUUGCUGUUUAAUAUAAUACUAGCGGCGAACUAUCUGGAAAUCAAAAGCUUGUUAGAUUCAUCAUGUCAGGCUGUGGCUGAUAUGAUAAAGGGCAAAACUCCAGAGCAGAUUCGACAGAUUUUUAAUAUAAAGAAUGACUUUACUCCUGAGGAAGAAGCGAAGCUCCGCAGUGAAAAUGAAUGGGCCUUUCAAGAAGAUUGA